CGCCCUCCCCCUCUGGCGCUGACCCCCCUGUCUCUCCUGCGGCCGCCUUGGGUGCUCCCACCGAGGAGCGGAGAUUCUAGAGCCGCCGGGAUGCCCCAACUCUCCGGGGGAGGCGGCGGCGGCGGCGGGGGGGACCCGGAACUCUGCGCGACGGACGAGAUGAUCCCCUUCAAGGACGAAGGCGAUCCCCAGAAAGAGAAGAUCUUCGCCGAGAUCAGUCACCCCGAAGAGGAAGGCGACUUGGCCGACAUUAAGUCUUCCUUGGUGAAUGAAUCCGAAAUCAUCCCGGCCAGCAACGGACACGAGGUGGCCAGACAAGCACAAACCUCUCAGGAGUCCUACCAUGACAAGGCCAGAGAACACCCUGAUGAUGGAAAACAUCCAGAUGGAGGUCUCUACAACAAGGGACCCUCCUACUCCAGCUAUUCUGGCUACAUAAUGAUGCCGAACAUGAAUAACGACCCGUACAUGUCAAACGGAUCCCUCUCUCCCCCCAUCCCCAGGACAUCAAACAAAGUGCCCGUGGUGCAGCCCUCCCACGCCGUCCACCCCCUCACCCCCCUCAUCACCUACAGCGACGAGCACUUUUCUCCUGGAUCCCACCCAUCACAUCUCCCAUCAGAUGUCAGCUCCAAACAAGGCAUGACCAGACACCCUCCAGCUCCUGAUAUUCCCACCUUUUACCCUCUGUCUCCGGGUGGGGUAGGACAAAUCACCCCACCUCUUGGUUGGCAAGGUCAGCCUGUAUAUCCCAUCACGGGUGGAUUCAGGCAACCCUACCCAUCCUCACUGUCAGUCGACACUUCCAUGUCCAGGUUUUCCCAUCACAUGAUCCCUGGUCCUCCUGGUCCCCACACAACUGGCAUCCCUCAUCCAGCCAUUGUAACACCUCAGGUCAAACAGGAGCACCCUCACUCUGACAGCGACCUAAUGCACGUGAAGCCUCAGCAUGAACAGAGAAAGGAGCAAGAGCCCAAAAGACCUCACAUAAAGAAGCCUCUGAAUGCUUUCAUGUUAUACAUGAAAGAAAUGAGAGCGAAUGUCGUUGCUGAGUGUACGCUAAAGGAAAGUGCAGCUAUCAACCAGAUCCUUGGCAGAAGGUGGCAUGCCCUUUCUCGCGAAGAACAGGCUAAAUAUUAUGAAUUAGCUCGGAAAGAAAGACAGCUACACAUGCAGCUUUAUCCAGGCUGGUCGGCAAGAGACAAUUAUGUAAGUGGAAAACGAAGCUCAUUCCCCACGUGCAAAGCCAAGGCAGCGACCCCAGGACCUCUUCUGGAGAUGGAAGCUUGUUGAAAAUCCAGACUGUCUCCACGGCUUGUCCAGCUGACCCUGAAGGAGCACUGACUGACACCAACUGACAACUGAGGUUGCUGUUAGAGACGCUUUUCCAUAAAGACAAUCACUGCCGAUGCCCCCUUCUAUCUACUGCAAGAGCCAAGUUCCAAAAACAUAAGGUUUUUUUAAAAAAAAAAAUUAAAAAGCACAUGAGAAUGCUAGCAGGCACCGUCAGCUGAACGGCUUUUUCAUUCCUUCUCUUUGAAUGCACUUCCCAGAGCACCUUGCGUGCAUACUUGUCACCCCCUCCAGCAAGGACAGUGACUUGGCCAACUCUACCUGCCACAUGGAACUGAAUCCAGCAACCCACAGCAGCAUCAGCGUCCCCGCGCAGGACUUACCAGAGCUCCCAAGCUCUUCCUUCGGCUUUCUUUCUCGCAAAGCUUUUAUUUAAUAGUGCAAGAUCGAUCUCAUGUUUGCUUUUUUUUUUUUAACUUGAAUUUUUUUAAUUUACUUUUUUUUUUUUAGUUUUAUUUUUUCUUGUUGUAUAUGUUGCUAGCUCUGAGUUUUUCAAUAAAAUACAAAGGCCGGAGUUUGGAAUAAAAACAAAAUGAAAAUUGAGACUUCCCCCUUUUUUUUUUUUGAGAUCUCGUCUCUGUACCUAGUGGCCUGUGUUCUUGUAAGAGCUGUGUCUUUGAUGGAGCUAAAUAAACAUCAUAGCCAGAUCCAUUCUGUCGGCAGAUUGAUUACUUUUUUUUUUCUCCUGAUUUUUAACAUUUUUUUUUCCUCCAAGGAUAAACCGUAACAAAUAUUCGCAGCAAAGCAGUUAACAUUUUCAUGUUUUCCUUUUCACUCCCUUCUUGUAAAAAAGCCCAGCACUUGAAUUGUUAUUACUUUUAAAUGUUCUGUAUUUGUAUCUGUUUUUAUUAGCCGAUUAGUGGGAUUUUAUGCCAGUUGUUUAAGAUGAGCAUUGAUGUAACCCAUUAUUUUUAAACAGCAAGGCACAGCCUUUGCUCUGAACUGUCAUCUCCUGUUUGUCAUUCCAGUUUCAGUUAACGUGCUGAGCAUUUUUUAAAAAGCAGCUUUGUAAUAAAACAUUUUUUAAAAGUG